AUGGCUUCGGGAAGCCCAGACGACUCUGGUAGGCAAGCCACCCUUCCCUGGACACCAGGUGACGUGUCCGAGAGUGCAACCGAAGCUCUUCAAGCAUUGGACACUUACAAGAAGAAAGAUCCAUCCAAAGUGGUUGUUCGCUUCAAGGCAGUCGGUAACGCACCGAUCAUGAGGCAGAACUUUUAUAAGAUUACUGCCUCCAACCGUUUCCAGGCAGUCAUACAGUUUUUGAGGAAGGAGUUGGGCUGGAAAGCCGGAGAUCCACUGUUCACAUACAUCAACCUCGCAUUUUCUCCCGCUCCUGACGACACAGUGUCGAAUUUGUACAAGUCAUUCGCUACAGAAGGACAUCUGAUAGUCAACUACAGCACGACGGCGGCAUGGGGGUAA